CGCUUCGUCAAUCCCCACUUUUCCGUCUGAGCUCCCCUCACUCCUCAGUACUCAGAUUCGAUGGCUCGAAGCUAGGGGCAGCUUUGCUCCAAUCGUCAAUGGAGGCAUCCGGCGCCGAGCUGCUCACUCUCUCCGAUCUCCUCCGUCGAUCCCGCCCGCUCUCCGGCGCAGCAUCCCUCUCCUCAUCCACCAGCCGCCGGAUCCCCGUCCCGAACCCCCGCGAGGAGCCCACCACCGAAAACCCUAGCCUUACCCUGAAAAUCCUCGUCCCGUUGAACCACCCCGUCGUUCUCGUCGGGACCGUCAUCCUCCCUGUGUACGAUGAAAAAGGUCUCUCCAUUCCCUUCAAAUGCCCCAGCAGUAACAGCGCUUGCUUUAGGUUCUCGGAUGGCACUUCGACGGUCUGCUGCGACGUGCUUAACUUCGGAGUUCCGAUGUUAGGGGAGAAGAUUCGUGUCCUUGCCUUUAAUUUUAUUCCUUUCAAGCACGGAGGGGGGUUUCUGGAGAUUGUCAAAUGGAGCUUCUCUUCAUCCUCUAUGGCAGGGCUGCGUCCUUGUUCGAGUAUAGCUUCGUUUCCAUUGACUUCAGGCGCCAUCACUGCUUUUGAAGACGGUGCCAAAGCGCGUUAUAACGUUCUUGGUGCGGUCGAAUCAGUUAGUCCUGUUUUUAUCGUACCAUGUUCAAUGACGAUGGAGUCAAAUGGAAGGCAUCUUCGAGGGUUUCUAGUGGAAUUCAUGAUCUGCGGCUGCCAGUUAUGCAAAUCCAAAGUUCCUCUCAAGGAACUUGUAAAUAGUUCAUUUGAAAGUCAUUCUUACUCAGAAGCUGUGUUUGUGUACUUCUGCGGGUCUGCUUCACGUUGGCAUCCUGCGAUUACAAAGCUUAUCAGUAGUGUCGUCGUUCUUUCUGGACUGAAGAAGAAGUUGAUGUAUAUAGAGAAGGAGGAAUCUCAGUUGGUGUUCGUUGUGACAGAAAAAUCCCUCCUGCAUCUACUCGGAAUGCCCAGGAAAUGGUCGACCCAUGUCAAAACUGGCAUUAAAGGAGAAGGGGAAUGUGGUCAUUAUAGCGGUAUUGUCAGAGGGAUGUAUAUGCAAGGCAUGGUUGUUGAGCUGGAUAAGGAAGUUUGGCUCUUGCUAACUGGUCAGCAACUUAUAUUGCCCCACAGUAUAAGGAUCGGCGCUCUUAUAGCUGUGAAAAAUGCCCAUUUUGUGAGAGCAAAGUUUGCAUUCACGGAGGUGCUUAUACUUGGGCAUUGUUUUAAGAGCAGCAUAAUGGUAGGAUCUUUUUCUCCUCUCGAAACAGGGUGCCAUGUCAAGCCACAGAUGCAGAGCCUACUGGGAAUCUUCAUUGCAUCUCUUGCAUUCUCUGCUAGGCUAUGGAUGUUACUUGCUGUUUCAUGUUUCCUUAAAAAGUUUGCUGGGAUCCUACCAGAGAAGGAGAUUCUGGGUUCAAAAAGGAAGGAAGGACUAUCACAGGCGUAUGCAAGAUCAUGCUUGCCUUCAUGGGCAAUUCGUUCGCAGCAUGGAGUAUUCUUGGAGCUGUGUAAGCAUGUUUCUGCUUCCUGUAAGUGUGGUCCUCAGCCAUAUGACAGUGAGCUGAAAUUGGUUGUACCCCUCUCUACUUUUAUUCUUUACUGUGAGGCUAUGCGGUCCAAAAUGCCACAAGGAAGGGGACAAGCUUGUCAAGAAUCAGAUAAGAGUGAUAAAAGUUGCUGCCUUUGCUUUGGAGGAGGAACUCACAGUGAGUCAGUGAGGAGGAUCAUUCCCAGUCAAGAUAUUGGAAUCAUUUUGUUUGGAACUCUCAAGAUUUCUCCUGCUUCUGGGAGGUUACAGUUAUUUGAUGCCACGGGCAGUGUUGAUGUUCUUAUCCCAGAUCUGCCAUCUACUUGGAAGUCUAAUGGCAUAUAUGAGGUAAGUGAAUACAGCAUUAUUAUCGAAGGCAUGCCUCAAACAGCAUCAGGUCAUUCAAAAGAACAUCACUUCAGCUCACUUUCCUGCAAAAGCAUCUUUAAUUGCACUGCGUUGCUGAGAAAGAUGAGCAUGGGCAUCUUUGUUUACUUUCAUUUGCGGAAUGCAACAUACAGAGACUUUUCCUUCCGUUCUUGUGAUGUCCCUAAAGAUGAGCAUGAGGAACUUAGUGGAAAAUUCCACGUGCUACAGGUGGUGCACAAGUUCCCUGUUUUACAAAAGUUUCCAGGUGAUCUGGUAAUAUCAGAGAGGUCAUCUGCUUUCGUGGAGGCCAUAAUCUUACCUUGGGAUUUGUUUCUUGCUGGUAAUAAUGGUGGUGAACAUUUUUCUGAAGCAAUGAAAAGUCUGUCAAAUCACUGGGCACGGGUUUCCAGAAAGAGACAGAAAACUGAUGGAAUCUCAACAACUCUAAGUUCAGGGUCACUGGAUGACGUCAAUAACUUCAGAUCUGAUAGAAGCGCUUUCUCAAUUUCUUCCAGGGAUGGUGAAAUUGAUGGACUCAUUGACAUAAAUUCUUAUAAAAUACCAUGUUUGGCUACUGUUAGGAAUUCCAACAAAAUGGUCCUGGUUAGUUCAGGAAUCUUGUAUAGCACGAAAAGAGAAGCUAAGACUGGAAGCUGCUGCAAACCAAGUACACAGAAGAUAUUGAUGGAGUUCAAAUUCUCCAAUUUGUCUCAGUAUCAGGGUUUGCAAAUUGAUGGGUAUUACAUAGUAAAACACCACGGAAAAAAUUCCUCUUUUAGAUUUCUGGAUUCUGAUUAUGCCUGGGGAGAGAAGAUUCUGAUCACUUCAGAAACAAAGCUCCGGAGCUUGUCUAUAUUUUCAAGCGAUACUCCCCUUGAUAAUGGUUCUUCCAGUGAUGCUCCAUUGGGCAAAUCUCAUUUCAGCACCAAUGAGAUUUUUCUGGGAUAUGAGAUAAGAAUUCCUGCCAAAGCCUAUGCUGAUUAUUCUUCAGUGACCUGCUCCGAAAUUCACCUUGUAGCAUAUAAAGAUUUGUUGGGUCCCCUGGAGUUAGAUCUCAAGGAAAUACAAUGUCAAUUCACAAAGAUGAAUUAUUCUCUGGAAACGGUCAACCUUUCUCGUUGCAAUGGGACUAAUGUCUCAUUGCCUUUGUCCUCUAAAGCACCUGGUUUUGGUUUUCCUUUUCCAGAUGGAAAUCUAAUAUGCAUACGUGGGGAUGUGAUUAGUGUUCAUAAUAUCAAAAGUCAUAAGAGCCUUGUUAACAGUAAUUGUUGGGGGAAUUGGCAUGGAGAUAUUAGCAGUGUCUCUAUCCAUAUUUUGAAUGGAAAUCACACUGUAGAGAUUUUUGGUUCUUUGAGAAAACAUGCUUUUCCAAUUGGACUCGGACCAGGAGUAAAUGCAACAUUUUACAGAAUCCUCAAGCUCAGUGCGCAGAAUAGAUUCAUGCUGACACCAAUAUCAUUUAUAGAGAUAGAUUCCGUGAGAAUGGUGAAUGACCACUUUCCAUGCCAUGCUAACACGUGUUCUACAUCAGACAGCUCUAUUGUCCCAACCGUAGCUUCUUCAUGUUUAAUUUCUCAAUUGGUUCCUUGCUCAAGUUCCAAUUCAAUACAGCUCCGUUGCAGAGUCGUUGAUGUGGGCAUGCUCAUACUUGAGAGAGAUGGAAGAUCUGGUAGUCUGAAAUCAAAAUUGAAAUGCAGGGCACCUCCUCCUUUUAACAUUCCAAUUGCUGCUUUUGUAGUGGAAGAUGGGUCAUCAUCGUGUGUUUGCUGGGCUAAUGGUGAACAAGCAUCGACCUUGUUAAGGCUCUCUGAGACACUCCCAAGGACAGCGCUUGGAAGUAGCUAUUGGGCAUUGAAAUGGGUUGGGGGAGGAAACAAUACCUGUGGAUCCAGUUACUACUCUCUGGAAAGAAUUUUGAAGAAACAUGGAAGAAUUACCAUGAAAAAUUAUGGUUCAUCCAUAGAAUCUUGUCAAGAUCUUAGCUUCUCAGUCAGUUCAGAGAAUGUUCUCAGCAACUCGGAUGAGAGUCUCCUCCAAUAUGUUAUCUUUAAUGCCUGCUUGGGGGUAGACUUGACGAUAGUAGGGAAUAACAUGGAUUCGGCUGCUGUGAAAAAGUUGCAAGAACAGCACUCCUUACAUGUUGAUACGGAGUUGGAUUCCUUUCAGCAUUUAUGGGCAAGAGAAGUCCAUCGCUCCGACCCUCUUAAGGAGGCUAGAAGGACAAUUGAAGAGUUGCUAGCUGGUAAUUGCUAUGAUGAGCAGAUCUCUUGCUAGCAACACGAGGUUUUUGAUACUGUUUGCAGAGGGAGAGAAGAAUGUUCUACUUGAAAGGGUAUAGACAUACAGGCCCAAAGCCCUUUCUUGGCUUUUCUUGAGUAUGCCUGGCUCCUCUCUGGUCCUUUGUAUAGCUUUUACACAAUAUCGAAAGCAUAUUUUCUUGGAAUGGAGAUGGGGAUUAAGUGAAGCGUCUUGACUAACCACAACAGCCCAGAAGUUCCACUCCCACCUCAUUGCAGCACAGAAGAAAUUCAAGCAGACGAUUCAGAAGCCUCUAUUUAUCAAUAAUAUUAAGUAAUGACCGUUGCAGUCCUCAACAUUCAUGUGAAACAGGACCCCUCAAGAACAGAACAUAAGUGCUUAAAAUGUACUAGAGAUCCAUAUUGCACCAGUAGGAGUUCGCCUGGAGACCUGAGCUUCAGUUUACUCCCGAGAAGAGACUUCUCUGUUGAAAGGGACUGAUAAAUCUCAAGUCCUUCCUCCCACGGUGCCGAUGCCUCAGGAUCAGCAGUUGUCUGAGAACAGGCCGGGUCAUGGGUCAGUGGGCAUGUUCAUUGGAGUGUUUGUGGCAGUGGUAGUGUUAGGAGGAGUUGCAGUAUUAAUCGGAUACUUCUGCUCGGGAAAGAGGGGGGCAGGAAACAGCGAGUAUGGUACCGAUAUGGAAUGGUGGGCUGAGAGGAAGUGCGCCUCUUGCAUUGAUGGAAGAACUCUUGAUGAGGAGAUCCCUGUACCUGCCAAAGCUGAAGCAAAGAAAGAAGCAGCCUGAGAGCAAAUUCAUCCUUACCUGUUGCACAUCUACUCUUCUUUAUCAAUGGUAAUAUCUUCAUCAUGUAAUUCGAUUUCUUUGUUGGCUUCGGCCUUACGCCCAUGAUUAUGAUUACUGCUCUGGUAGUAGUAGAAUCAGGAAGCAGGGGAGUUGUUUAUGCCCGAGCAGAGGUUCGAUUAGAAUGAUGACUCCAAGUAAUUGAAUUCUGGUGUUCUAGUUGAUGGCUCUCCAUUGUCUCGACUCUCGACAGAAAAGAAGAGGCAAAAUAUCGAUGUCAGAAACUCUUUUAUCUGUUUUCUUUUUUGCACUGGAAAAUAUUGAAUCAUUAAAUUUCGACAGGUUCGAUUUGGAAUGGGAAUCUAUUAUUAGAAUUUUCUCCCUCCUGAUUUCGAAUUU